AUGGCCCCGGGCCGCUCUGCCGGAGCCCGCCUGCUGCUCGUCUACGCGGGCCUGCUGGCCGCCGCCGCCGCGGGCCUCGGCCCUCCGGAGCCCGGCGCGCUCGCGGGGAGCCGCGCCCAGGAGGAGCCGCCGCCCGGGGCCCAGCUGCCCCCGGGGGCCGAGGAGAGCCGCGCCGGGCCCGCCGCCCGCCCGCCGGAGCCCCUCGCUGAGCGCACACAUGGCAUCGACCCCAGGGACGCCUGGACACUUUUCGUCAGGCAGAGUGACCAGGGCAUCAACGGGGUCAGCGGCAAGAGGAGGAGCAGAGGCAAGGCCAAGAGGCUCAAGUUCGGCCUCCCAGGCCCCCCCGGACCUCCUGGACCCCAGGGGCCGCCAGGCCCCAACAUCCCACCUGAGACCCUGCUGAAGGAGUUCCAGCUGCUGCUGAAAGGCGCGGUGCGACAGCGAGAGCGCGCGGAGACCGAGGCCUGCCCGCGCGGCCCGGAGGACGAGGAGCGGGACGAGGAAGCGGCGGACGUCCUGGCCCUGCUGGCCGCGCCGCUGGGUCCGCAGGCGCCGCGCGUCCAGGCCGCCUUCCACUGCCUCCUGCGCCGGGACGUGGCGCUGGAGCGGCGCGCGCUGCGGGAGCUCGGCGGCUACUACCUGCCCGACGCCGAGGGCGCCUUCCGCCGCGGCCCGGGCCUGAACCUGACCAGCGGCCAGUACACGGCGCCGCUCGCCGGCUUCUACUCCUUGGCCGCCACGCUGCACGUGGCGCUCGGGGAGCAGCCGAGGCGGGGCCCGCCGCGCCCCCGGGACCGCCUGCGCCUGCUCAUCUGCAUCCGGUCGCUGUGCCAGCGCAACGCCUCUUUGGAGGCUGUCAUGAGUCUGGAGAACGGCAGCGACCUCUUCACCAUCUCCGUGAACGGCAUUCUGUACCUGCAGCUGGGGCAGUACACCUCCGUCUUCCUGGACAAUGCCAGCGGCUCCUCCCUGACUGUGCGCGGCGGCUCCCGCUUCAGUGCUGUCCUCCUCGGCGUGUGAGCAGUGCUGCGGGCCCUGCCUUUCCCGGGUGGACAGAGCAGCCCCAACGAUCUGGUGGGGACCGCAGGCAGAGGCCCCCACCCCUGGGCUGUCCACCGUGGCUUCAGUGCUCCACCGUACCGGACAGGCCCCCGCUGGCCGAGCAGGGGGUGCUUUGGGGACACCGUCUCACUCAAAGGGGAAAGCUCUCCGGGGCUGAGACUGGACGUUUCCCUGUCCAGUGCAGUGCCUGGGUGCACGUGCUUCUGCCCAGCCCCUCUCCCUGGGCCCACCCCGGGCCUGGUGGCAGGUCGGCCCUGGGCAGCUGAGGGGGAGUGAGCUGUACCUUAACACUCAGAGGGGAGCAGAGGCUGCCCUUGCCCACCACCCCACCCUGCUCUCACCUUCUGUCUCCAGCUGGAGACCCUGGUCCUUAAGGGCCCCUCCCCCAAGGGCUCACCACAUGCCUGUGGCCUCCGGGGGGACUGGAGGGAGGCCGGGAAGAGGCCAUGGGUGGCUGGUGAGUGCGGGCCUCACUCUGGGAGCCCUCUCCCUUCUAAGGUCCUCCAGUCCCCCUGCAGAAGACGCCUUCAGACAGGAGCCACAUCUCCUCCCCUGCUCUGCUAAGCCCCUGAAGGACAAGCUCGGCCUCCCCUCUGGAGGGCCGUCCCCUCCGGAGCGGAGCGGGCUCACUGCCUGCCCCACCCAGUAGAUAAAAGGGGCAUCUUUGCAGAGACUGGGCUCCUGCUGCCCCCCAUAGCCCUCUCAAGUGGGUGGGAAGGUGGCCGUGGGCUUGGGCUAUGGGCAGGAAGCCAGGACUGAGAGCUGGUCUUGGGAAGGCUGAGCCCAAGUCCCACUUGUGCUCUUUCGACGGUGCUGGGACAUCAAGGGUAGGGGUUCCCAUGAGACCCUGGGGUGUCAACCUGCACCUUUCUUAAAUUUAGCCUGCUACAUUUUAUCCAAGGUGUAGCACUGUCCCUGAAGGAGCGUCCAGAAGCCCUCAGUAGCUCCCUCUGGGGGCCCCAACCAAGGGCAGUGGCGCUUUCCGGGAAGCCUGCCCCUCCUCCCCGGCCUUGCACAACUGACCACGAGAAACCCGAGAGGGCUCCUGGGGCUGCCUGCCCCGGCAAGGGAGAGAUGGGCCCACGGGCGCAGUCAUCUUCACCUUCCAGCCGGCCUCAGGGUGACCAGGUGACCACACUCCAGAACCAAGCGUGCCCCUCCUUCCAAGCCAGGGCCCCCUGGCUUGCUACCGUGAACCAGGCCCUGUGCCCAUGGGCAGGCCCGCCCGGUUCUUGGUAGGACUGGCACCCACCCUACCAGGAAGGGCCUGGCGGGCUGUGCCCUGACCUCCCCUUGCACAGUGAUAACAGCAGGGGUGCAGCCACACCCUUGACUGUUUCACCUUGUAUCCAAUGGGCAGAUAUUUUAGAAGUUAUCUUUUUCCCCUGAAAAAAAGCCAUGUAUGUAUUUCAGUCUCAAUACAAAAGUAUAUGUCAUACAGCAAUUUACUGAAAUAUUUAUUGUAUAAUAUUGCCACAUGGAAGUUAUUUAUAUAACGGGAGUUGAUGGAAUGACAAGUACUUAAGAGCUGAAUUACAUGAUUGCACAAAGUUACGAAGGGAAAGGGCCAAACUCAAAAUAGAGACUUAAUAAAUUAGGAAAAAUUUAUAAGGAGGCAAAUUAAAAUUCUCCUUCCCUCUCUGAGCCUGAAAGAGAACUGACGGCUGCUGAGCUCACUAAGGACCACCAGAAGUGAGCCCCGAGAGGCAGAAGGGCCUCCCCUCUGAAGAAGGCAGCUCCAAGCCCCUCCCGGCUCGGGGACAGGGGCAUUUUGUAAUUUGGGAAGUGUGAGCUCUCAGUGUGCAAACCAACCCCGGUUUGCUGGAGGA